AUGAUUUCGUUAGUGUUCAUCGUACGUCUGAAGAACCGGGAGAACAGACGAAGGAGAAGGUCUGAAACUAACAUGAAGGAGCGUCUUAUCUCAUGGGAGUUAUUAGACGGUAAGAGACGAGCCAGAGAUCAAAACGGUGUCCCUAGAGGGCAUCUUACGGUCUACGUGGGGCAUGAAAGGAUGCAGAGGUUCGUGAUACCGACCAAGUAUCUUGAGUAUCCAGAGUUGAUGGAUGAAGUAGCUGACGAGUUUGGGUAUGAACAUGAAGGAGGGAUUCAUAUUCCGUGUGAGGAAAGUGUUUUUGAAGAUAUUUUGAUGAGAUACAUGUCUUGUGACAAGAAGAAAUAA